AUGGACGCAGAGGAUACAACUUUCUUCUGCAAUAUCUGCGGGGGUCCCCCAACAUACAAAAACCCUAUCAAACGGUCCUCGCUCCAGUAUCUCGACGAAGCAAACCAAAUUAGCGAACAUGAGGCAUUUGAUGAUUAUUGCAAUUGUGGAGGGCAACAGGAGCAAUGGCUUGGUGGUGUUCGUCUGGUAGCCCACCGAAUUCCAGAUGCCGAGCGCUUCACCGAAAAGGACUCCGCAGACUUGCCUAUGGUAUCGCCUCUCGGGCAACAUGUUGAUCCCCAGUCCGGGCACUUCUUUUAUGCACGCCCGUACGGCGAAGAUCCCUGGUCGAAUAUCCUAGACUGCAACAAGGAUGGGUUUUUGGUUCACGAUGCAUGUUUGGAAAUCUUCAAACUUGAUUUCCUCUCAGUUAUGGACCUGGGCUUAGCGGAUCGCAACCGUGGCUCUCUUGAUUGGGGUUAUGGUGAUUCGUUUAGUGAGGGACCUAUGAGGGUUGGGUUCCAUGGGAAGAUUCCGAGGUUUGCGACACCAUCUACCAGCGAUGGAUGGAUCUUGCAGAGAGCAGACUGCUAA